AUGUCAAAAGCUCAACAAGAGUACUUGUUGUAUGGCCCUCCUGGUACAGGGAAGUCUAGCUUGAUUGCAGCCUUGGCUAAUUACCUCAAGUUUGACAUGUAUGACUUGGAGCUUACGCAUCUGGGUAGCAACUCCGAGCUCAGGAGGCUGUUAGUCUCCACGGCAAACCGAUCAAUACUGGUAAUUGAGGAUAUUGAUUGUAGCAUCGAAUUGAAGGACAGAGAAUUUGGAGGAGGCAACCCCAAUGACAGCCAGAUGAGGACCAAGAGCAACAAGUUUUUCAUGCAAUUAACUCUAUCUGGGUUGCUGAAUUUCAUUGAUGGGUUAUGGUCAAGCUGUGGAGAUGAGAGGAUAAUCGUGUGUACAACCAACUACAAGGACAAACUAGAUCCUGCAUUGUUGAGACCAGGCCGCAUGGAUAUGCACAUUCACAUGUCCUACUGCACACCAGGGGGAUUCAAGAUCCUUGCUUCAAACUACCUCAGAAUAAAAAAACACUGUUUCUUUGACGAAAUUAAAGCAUCCAUUAGGGAGGUGGAGGUGACUCCCGCAGAGAUUGCGGAAGAACUCAUGAAAAGUGAAGACACCAAUACGGUGCUUGGAGGACUUGUUGCAUUCCUCAAGAACAAGAAAAAGAUGGACUGUAAUGCAGGAGUCAAUGUUGAAGAAGCAAAAGAAGUCAAUGAACAAGAGAAAUAA